AUGACGAAGCUCAAGAGCCUAACGUCGUCGGUGGGGAAGGCGGAGUGCGCGGGGAGCGCUCGGCAGAUUGCCGGGUCGUCGAUGAAGCUGCUGGUGCGCGUCGUCGAGGCGCGGGGCCUGCUGCCGGUGCACCUCAACGGCUCCAGCGACCCCUUCGUCAAGCUGCAGCUCGGCAAGCGCCGCGCCAAGACGGCCGUCGUCAAGAAGAGCCUCACCCCCGUCUGGGACGAGGAGUUCAGCUUCCUCGUCGGCGACGUCACCGAGGAGCUCUCCGUAUCCGUGCUCAACGAGGACAAGUACUUCACCAACGACCUCCUCGGCAAGGUCAAGGUGCCGCUCUCCAUGGUCAUGGAGGCCCCGGACCUCUCCCUCGGCACCGCCUGGUACCAGCUCCAGCCCAAGAGCAAGAAGUCCAAGAAGAAAGAACGCGGGGAAAUUUGCCUGCGCAUAUCCUUGUCUACGCGCGCGCACGUGUCCGAAGAAUCACACCAGCUACCACAACCCACUUCGGAUGGCAUGGCGUCCAGUUCAGACAGGUCAAUUGGGAACAAAGAUGGAGCUUUGUCAACCAGCAAUAGCUACAUUGACAUGUCAGCCCUUUCCAGUUUGGACCGAUCAUCGCAGGGAAGUACGGAACGAUUGGGGGAUGGUGCUGUAGACCAACCGCCCCAGACCAGCAUUGACCAAGCAGUCACUGAACCUGGAACCGCUGUUUGUAAUGAUGCGAUGGCGAAUACAUCGUCGGUGGUAGAGGUCUUGUCUCGCUAUUUCUUUGGGAAACCUGCUGAUACUAAUCUGCCUUCCAUCGUUGCCUCUGACGCCGAGUCGGUGGUGGAGCAGUCCGAAGAGCCAAAAGUUUGCUCUGUAGACCGUGAAAGUCCCGAGAAUGGCACGCCAUCCGAGUCAAACCUUGAUGAGCUACUGAAAAUCAUGGAGUCCAAAGAUCAAGGCUGUGAAAUGCCAGCAAAAUUGUCUAACGGCGUUCUAGUUGACGAAUCUUAUGUUAUCGCACCAGCUGGACUGAAUUCCCUCUUGUUUACUCCAAAUUCAGAUUUCUGGCCAGCAGUAGCAGAGCUUCAAGGAACAAGUGGAUUUCAGAUUGAACCAUGGAAGAUCGAUAGCAACGAUGGUUGUUUGCGAAGAACAUUAAGUUACAUAAAGGCCGCUAGUAAGCUGGUUAAAGCUUGCAAAGCCACAGAAGAGCAGAAAUACUUAAAAGCAGCUGGGAAUUCUUUCGCUGUUUUGUCUAUUGUUAGCACUCCUGAUGUUCCUUAUGGCAGUUGUUUCAAGAUAGAGAUAUUGUACUGUAUAACGCCAGGUCCCCAGUUAUCAUCUGAAGAGCAAACAGCACAUCUUACUGUAAGUUGGCGGAUCAACUUUCUUCAGAGCACAAUGAUGAAAGGAAUGAUUGAGAGUGGUGCAAAACAAGGCAUGUCAGAAGGUUUUGCACAAUUUUCUGAAGUACUGUCCCAAAGGUUUAAAGUAGCUGAGCUUGAUGAUGCCAAUUCAAACAAAGCAAAGAUUUUAGCCUCACUACAAGCACAUAAAGAACCAAGCUGGAGGUUGAUUGUCCGCUUCCUUGGGAACUUCACAUUCAUAUUCUCUGUUAUCAUAGGGAUAUAUGUUAUAGUUCACCUUCAUUUAUCAAGGCCCAAAGUGAUGAAUGGGCUUGAAUAUUUUGGCAUUGACCUUCCAGAUUCAAUUGGAGAGGUUGUGGUUUGUGCUGUCUUGAUCCUUCAGGGACAGACCAUCCUGAAAGUAAUAAAGCGCUUCUUGAAUGCAUGGAGACAAAGAGGUAGUGAUCAUGGAGUCAAAGCUCAUGGAGAUGGCUGGUUACUGACUGUUGCACUUAUUGAGGGUACUGGUAUACUAUCUGCUGGUUCAUCUAAACCAUUUGACCUAUAUGCUGUUUUUACCUGCAACACGAAGAGGAAAACAAGCUCAAUUAAAUUCCACGCAUCUGAUCCAAAAUGGAACGAGAUAUUUGAAUUUGAUGCAAUGGAUGAUCCACCAUCAAGGAUGGAUGUAGCUAUUCAUGAUUCGAAUCAAUUAGAUGAAGCUCCCAUUGGUCACGCCGAAGUGAACUUCCUGAAGAGCAAUUUGUCAGAUUUAAUGGACAUAUGGGUUCCUCUUGAUGGGAAGUGUGAUCCAGCAAGCAACCCUAAGCUACAUUUGAGAAUAUUUUUGAACAACUCGAGAGGAACUGAAGUUGUUCUGAAUUACCUGGCAAAGAUGGGGAAUGAAGUCGGUAAGAAGAUAAAUUUGCGGUCAGCACAAACAAAUUUAGCAUUCCGAAAGCUCUUUAACCUCCCUCCUGAAGAAUUCCUCAUCGAUGAUUUCACCUGUCAUCUAAAACGGAAGAUGCCACUUCAGGGACGCGUAUUUUUUUCUCCAAGAAUAAUUGGAUUCUACUCUAAUAUAUUUGGUCACAAGACCAAGUUUUUCUUUCUGUGGGAAGACGUUGAUGAUAUCCAGGUUAUCCCUCCUACACUGUCAAUUGGCAGCCCAUCCUUGAUGGUUAUCCUUAGAAAGGAUAGAGGGUCAGAAGCAAAACAUGGUGCCAAGGCAACAGAUCAUCAUGGAAGACUCAAGUUCCAUUUUCAGUCCUUUGUUUCGUUCAAUGAUGCUCACAGAAUAAUCAUGGGGAUUUGGAAAAUGCGAUCACCGGGUCAAGAACAGAAAGGAGAGGUAAUUGAGGAGUCUGAACCAAAAGAACUCCAGGCGGAAGAAUGUGGAUCCUUAUUUACCCAUGAGGAUGUCAAAAUGUCUGAAAUAUUCUCAUCAGUUCUUUCUGUGGACGUUGAGUCCUUGAUGGAGAUGUUUUCAGGAGGUCAGUUGGAACACAAAGUGAUGCAAAAGACUGGCUGUCUGGACUACUCAUCAACAGAAUGGGAACUUGUAAGCAGAAAUAUAUUCAAGCGGCAAAUCAGCUACAAGUUUGACAAAGCAUUGUCUCGAUAUGGAGGAGAAGCAAGCACCACUCAGCAGAAGUAUGCCCUAGUGAACCAAGAUGGCUGGGCCAUUGAAGAGGUGAUGACCCUCCAAGGUGUUCUACUUGGGGACUACUUUAAUCUCCAGCUAAAGUAUCAUAUGGCGAACAUACCGUCAAAACCAAACACCUGCAGCGUGCAGGUUUUAUUGGGGAUUGCCUGGUUGAAAAGCACCAAGCAACAAAAGAAGAUCACAAAAAAUAUCAUGUCCAACACCUCGAAUAGAUUGAAGGAGCUCUUUUCCUUAGUCGAGAAGGAUCUUACGUCAAGAAACGGUACCCUUUUCAAUGCAGCUAUUGAUCCUUAG